GUUUCUAGAAUGGCAAAAACUGGAGAUCGUUCUUCCUAUUCUGAUCCAAGCGUUCAUAUAACGGAUAAAUUGGAAAUUGAUUGGAAGAUAAAUUUUAGUGCACAAACCAUCAGUGGUUCAGUUAAUCUCUUCUUGAAAAAUGUCUGUCCAGGAAACCUUAAUUCAAAUAUUCUCUUAGAUACAAGGGACCUAAAAAUUCAUUCAGUUCACGUAAAUUCGGAACCAGUGAAAUGGCAUUUAAAACCUGUUACUGUGCAAGCUUUCGGAUCUUGUUUGGAAAUCAUACCAAAUACGGCCUCAGAUAGGUAUGAUGUUAAGAUCGAUUACGAAACUUCUCCAGAUUCAUCUGCUCUUCAAUGGCUAGACCCACAGCUAACUGCUGAUCGCCGUCAACCAUUUAUGUUCAGCCAAUGUCAAGCUAUUCAUGCCCGUAGUCUUCUUCCUUGUCAGGAUACUCCAUCUUCUAAGUUUCCCUUUGAAGCUAAGGUAACCGCUCCAAAGGAAACCGUUGUCAUCAUGGGUGCCAAACGUAUUGCAGAGCCACUCGUGACCGACGAUAAACACCUUACUUAUCACUUUAAGCAAAGUGUCCCGAUUCCCAGUUAUCUGAUCGCUAUUGCCUGUGGAGAUCUAGCUAGCAGAAAAAUUGGUCCACGUUCAUCUGUAUGGGCUGAACCCAGUAUAGUUGAAAAAGCAGCUUAUGAAUUUAGUGAAACAGAACAAAUGAUUUCAGCAGCUGAAAAUAUCUGUGGACCUUAUGUGUGGGAUAUAUAUGAUAUCUUGGUGCUUCCACCGACAUUCCCCUAUGGUGGUAUGGAAAAUCCAUGUUUAACAUUUGUUUCACCUACUCUACUGGCUGGUGAUCGAUCGUUAGCUAAUGUAAUCGCCCAUGAGAUUGCACAUUCAUGGACUGGUAAUUUAGUGACAAAUUCAAAUUGGGAUGACUUUUGGUUAAACGAAGGACACACUGUGUAUUUGGAACGCUUAAUUGUAGAAAGUCUUCAUGGAUCGCAUAUGAGAUAUCUUCAUCUAAGUUUAGGUUACAAGGAACUGCUAGAAGAAGUCAAAACUCUUGGUGCAUCAGAUCCAAUGACGAAGCUAAUUAUCGACUUAAAAGAUGUUGAUCCAGAUGAAGCUUAUAGUCGAAUUCCUUAUGAAAAGGGAUCUCUUUUGCUCUACUACAUAGAGACUUUGUACGGAAAAGAAUCUAUGCUUAAAUGGUUAAAAGCUUAUGUGAAACACUUUUCUGGACAAUCACUCAAUUCAAAUACUUGGUUGGAAUUUUUAACAACUCAGUUAGGUUCCGAUAUACUUGACCCAAAACAUCAGUUGGACUCUUGGAUGCAUAGUCCAGGUUUACCCCCAUGGGUACCGAAGUUCGAUGUUGACGAAUUACUUUCAGAAUGUGAUAAUUUGCUGAAAUUACUUACUUCAUCUGACCUGUGUUCAAGUGCUACAGAAAUCCAAAGUUUGACUCAGUUAUGGCAUAAAAUGUCACAUGAACAACGUGAAUUAACUUUACGCCGUGUUAACGACUCCGAACCACUGAAUAUCAGUAAUCUAUGCAAAAUUGAUGAAUUAUUAGAAUUAUCCAAGCAUAAAAAUGCUGAAAUACGAGUACAAUGGUGUCUGAUCUGCAUUGCUUCCCGUCAUUUACCCGCGUUAGGUCAUAUUUUUGAAUUUUUAAACAGUCAGGGUCGUAUGAAGUAUACUCGUGCGACAUAUCGGGCUUUAAACGAAUGGCCAGAAGCUAAAGAAAGAACAAUACAAAAUUUCCAUGAACAACGUCCAUUUAUGCAUCAAACAACUGCAAUGUUAGUUGAAAGAGAUUUGAAUCUUCAUGAAAAUGGAAAACUUGUAUCUACUAAUUAACUUUAAAUAACAUAUUCUAUAUUAAUUUGAUGUUUGUUACCAAUCGAUUUACUAUACUAUAUACUGUGGUUAUUAAAGUAUUGAGUUUGGGUUUAUUUUUGACAAAAGAUAAGAUUAUGUUAUUUUUUCUUCACCAGAAUGUUGUACUAAGUAUUAAAAAGAGAUAAAUUCAUUUUAUUAUUCAAAUUCAUAAAAUCAUUUUCAGUUUGUG